CUUUUUAUCAUUUUCAAAACAAAAUCUCUAUUCCAACUAUUUUAUUAACUUCCGAUCAUCCACUUUGGAGAGAUUUCUAGUAGCUCGAUUCUAUGGCGGAGGACUGGGUUGAUCGGGGAGAUUUGUGGAAGAACAGGGCUCGAGCAUUGCAGCUUCGCAUUAGGGAUCGUUUUCGCGUCGCCGUUGAUAGGGAACGACGUAAGAGUGGGUUCUCAGAUGGUUUUUUAUCAUCGUCGCUGCAACGAUGGGUCACUCGCCUCCGAAAUCUUCGCAGAGAUUCAUUGCCUGCUUCUUCAGCAUUUUACCGGAAGCGAGUGUAUAGAGAUAUUGAUGCAGUUGAAGAUUCAGUCAUCCUUCGCAUGCUACAAGCUUUGGCAGUUCCAGUUAUUGGAAAUGUUUGUCAUGUGUUUAUGCAUGGGUUUAACCACAUACAGAUCUAUGGUGGAGAAAAGCUACAUCAGGCAUUACAGCAGAGACCUGAAGGGAAACCCCUGAUAACGGUAAGCAAUCAUGUGGCGUCCAUGGAUGAUCCACUUGUCAUUGCCUCUCUGUUACCACCAAGUUUUAUGUUGGAUGCUCACAGAUUGAGAUGGACACUCUGUGCAACUGAUCGAUGCUUUAAAAAUCCUGUGACUUCUGCAUUCUUCCAAUGUGUAAAAGUUUUGCCUGUUUCUCGUGGUGAUGGGGUUUAUCAAAAGGGUUUGGACAUGGCCCUUUCAAAACUGAAUUCUGGUGGGUGGGUUCAUAUCUUCCCAGAAGGAAGUCGUUCUCGUGAUGGUGGGAAAACCAUGGGAUCUGCCAAGAGAGGAAUUGGAAGGUUGGUGAUGGAUGCAGACACUAUGCCUGUUGUUAUUCCCUUUGUACACACAGGGAUGCAAGAUAUCAUGCCUAUAGGUUCAAGUGUCCCAAAGAUUGGCAAGACGGUGACAGUGCUUAUUGGUGAUCCAAUCCAAUUUGACGAUUUGCUCCUUACUGUGGAUGAUACCCAACAAGUAUCUAGAGCAGCAUUAUUUGAUGCCAUAUCAUCUAGGAUUGGUCAUCGACUUAAAGAGUUAAAACUCCAAGUUGAUAGAUUGGCCCUUGAACAGUUACUUGAAGUCGAAGUUCACACUUUACCAAAUGCACAACGUGCAAAUGGACUCUUGCAGCAGGUGGACUGGGAAGCAUUUGGCAUGGCAAGUUACAUGCUGACAGAAGAUCAUUCCUCUCUAAGACCUGCAAUUGAAGCCCAGCUGAAGGUAAAUCUUGAUCAAGCACCAAGAGACACUUCUUCUGAUAGAUAUUUUAGGAUAGGUUUCUCUUAUGAAGGUGGGAUUGUGUCAAGGAUCCGUGGUUAUAUGGACCCAACUGGAUUAAUGGGGUUUGCAGCAAAGGGUUUAUUUAUGAACAACAGAAUACAGGAGAAUAAAUGUACAAGCUUUCAGGAAAUUGGUCCUUUGAGGAUCUGGAAACAGUUCCUCAAAGCUAACAUUCUCCAGCAAUGGAAUCGCUGCUAAACUUCGAUUGACUGGAUCAAACAAUGUUUACUGAAAGAAAUUACCUUUACUAA